GAACCUGCCAAAGCAUGACAAGAUAGCAUUCUUGUUUUGCUGAUUUUGGGCACACCAAAUCAUCAAGAAUUACGUAAGCAUGACAAGCUAGCAUAGAUGUAUAAAAAUUAGUCCGUAUGAUAAUAUUUUUCUCAGAUGGUCAUACGUCCACUUACCUCCAUGAAAAAGUAGAACGAAGGGCGGCCAACCGCGAACCAACACAACUAAAUCAAACCGACACUAUUCCAAAUUUCUUACCGAAAGAAGCCCCCUUUUUCAAAGCAUACCCAUUUACGCUAAAUAGAUACCUCUGUUUCUCCCUGCCUUUUCUUUUCCCUCUUCCUUCAAUAUAAAUCCCAAAAUUUCUUCAAGAAAUUAAAACUUAUCACCCACAAACGUUCUCAUAACCAAGAUCGUAAAAAUGGAUACCGCCGGGCAAAUCGGUUACGAUUUUCUCCUCUCUGUUCUUUCAAUUUCUGUUAUCGUUCUUCUUCUAGUCCUCGUAUUCACCUGUAGAAAAAAACCUGUAGAAUCUGAAGAAUCUCUCUCAGUCAACGUUUCAGCACCCACGUAUCAAUUAACAGAUAUAGAUACUGCAACAGAUGGCUUCAAUCAUCAAAGAAUUAUCGGUGAAGGCCGUUUAGGUACAGUAUAUGCAGCUAUAUUGCCAAGAGAAAAGCUUGUUGCUGUUAAAAGAAUACACCCUUCUCUUGUUUUAAGAAAUGCUGAUUUUGGAUUCUCUUCAACACUCAAAACCCUCUCUUUAGCUCACCACCCUAACAUAGUUCGCAUAUUGGGAUUUUCACAAGCACCUGGCGAGCGUAUUAUUAUCAUGGAUUUUGUUGGUAUGGCAAGUUUGGAUUUUUACUUGCAUGAAAAUUCUGAUGGUGGGUCAUUAUUAGAUUGGAGCCGGCGUUUAAGGAUCGCCGCCGAUGCGGCUAGAGGGCUUGAGUACUUGCAUGAUGGAAUGGCACCAAAUGUAAUACAUGGGAGUUUUAAGGCUGCAAAUAUUCUAUUAGACCUGAAGUUUAACGCUAAGGUUUGUGACUAUGGGUUAUCAUCUUUGGCACCUAAUGAAAAAAGAGCCGUUUUAGGGUAUGUAGACGAUGAAUAUUGGAGUCCAACAGGAGGAGGUCCUUCUAAACAAGGUGAUGUGUAUGCGUUUGGUGUGGUUUUGUUGGAGCUUUUGACGGGAAGGAGAAAUGAACAAGGUUUACUUGUCAAAUGGGCAUUGCCUUUGAUUAAAGAAGUUAGGUUUAGUGAAAUUUUAGACCCCAGACUCCCAAUCCCUUCUGACAUGAAGCCAAUUGUUAGAUUAGCUAAGGUUGCUUCAGCUUGUGUUAGUAAUUCUAGGAAGAGCAGACCCACUAUUGUUCAAGUAGCAGCUAUUUUGAACAGUGUACAAAUUGAGGUAAGUACAUAGGAAGUCAGAAUCUAUUUAUUAGCCAAAUUCAAUUCCAGAAAAAAAGAAUAAAAUUAAGCAAUUCAGUUAAUUUUAGUGAGGGAGUAGAGCAAUUUUGAAAAAUUGGGUAAUGGAGAAAUGUAUCUAAUUUUGAUAAUUAGGGAAGCAAAAGUAAUAAAAAAAAAAGUAUUGAUUUGAGGGAUGUGUUUGAUACGUGAAUUAAGAGGUUGCAAAUUGCAAAUCCUCAAAUUGUUUAAGAUGAAAGAUAAUGUUUAAAGGGAGAGUUGACUUAUUGACUAGAUUUUCAUAAUUUAAAAUAUAAUUUUUUUAAAAUAUAACUUUUUUCGGGUUGGAGAACAUAAAAGGGACGGCUGACUUGUCUUUAUGGGCGGUGAAUUUAUAAUAUUUGUUCCGUAUAGAGUUGGGGAUCUUCUUUGAGAGUGAAAGGGACCCUUUUCUUUUCUUUUUAGUUUUUACUCAUCUCUUUGUAUUAUAUAGUCCCUUGAUGGCUUGUCAUUGGACUAUACUUAGCAUUUGUAAUCAUUUACGUAUAAUUGCGUCA